AUGAGUGACAAUGACCUGAAAACUCACCCGUUGGUCGUGUUGGUGUCUGAUAACGGAGAACCCUCACUGUCAGCGACUGUGUCUAUUGAUGUAGUGGUGGUUGAAAGUACAGGUGAAAUCCAGACUCAAUUCAGAAAUGUACCGAGAAUGGAGGAGAGCUUCUCUGAUUUAAACCUGUAUUUGCUGAUCGCCAUUGCCUCGGUGUCAGUGAUAUUUUUACUGAGCCUCAUCAGUUUAAUAGCUGUAAAAUGCCACAGGACAGACGACAAUUUCAGCAGGUACAGCGCCCCAAUGAUCACCACACAUCCUGACGGGAGCUGGUCAUACUCUAAAUCUACUCAGCAGUAUGACGUGUGUUUCAGCUCAGACACACUGAAGAGUGACGUAGUGGUUUUCCCCGCGCCAUAUCCACCUGCAGAUGCAGAACUGAUCAGUAUUAAUGGAAAUGACACGUUUAAUAGGACUCAAACAUUACCCAACAAAGAGAAGGUAAGGUCUCUACAUAAACCGGCCUAUACAUUUUCUGUUGAAGCAUAUUUGUUUUACUCCUUUGAACUCGCAGUCAAAGAAUAUUGUUUUCAAAGUUGAUAUUACGUUGAAAACAGCCAUCAACUCAUGAGUUUUCACAUUGGCUUUGUUUUGCACUCUAUGUAUGGCCUCCUGGCUUCAUAAAGCGAGUGUUGCUGUCCAUGGUUCUGAAUGCGUGUUAAACUUCAGAGCUGAGGGUUCCGCCAAGCGUGCAAUGCUCUAUGAGGUAUAAAUUGAUUUUUAUGAAGCUGUACAUUUUUGUUGCGCUUCACGAAUGUGUAAAUGUGUCAAACCCCAGCAAAGUCAUAAGUUUGUAGGGUAUUGUGAGAAAAUACACAGGAACGUAAACAACAUAUGGGAAAUAUACAGAUGCAUAAUUUUUUCAGAUUGAUGAUAUAGGCCACACAACUAGUAUUGACAUUGUCAGCCUAAAGGUGCAUAUGCCUACUGCAUCUGUAUCCAUCGCAUUUUUUUCCAACGGACUAUGUUCAGCAAGCGGUGAAAGCUUACCGGGUGCUUUCCGUGGUGCUGAAACAGUUUUUGCUCUCUGCUGAUAGGAGCAGUGUUCUCUUUAGAUUAAUACUUGUCACUGGUGUAAUGGAAUAGAUUCAAGGUGGUAAUUCAAGUUUAAGAAUUGUUACUUUGCGGUCUAGGGAGCAUCACACUGUUAAACCCCCUUGAGCUUUGUAUAUCAAUAUCCCAUCUGUCUUUUUUUAUUUUCCCUUUAUUUAACUAGGCAAGUCAGUUAAGAACAAAAUAUUCUUUACAAUGACGGCCUACACUGGAAGAGGCUUGGCCAAUUGUGCGCCGCCCUAUGGGACUCCCAAUCACGGCCGGUUGUGAUACAGCCUGGAAUCGAACCAGGGGGUCUGUAGUGACGCCUCAAGCACUGAGAUGAGAUGCAGUGCCUUAGACCGCUGCGCCACUCGGGAGCCUUUACUCCCCUUUGAUUGUUAUAGCUUGUCAUUGUUAUCAGAACAUGACUAUCUGAACAUUUAUUUAAUUAUAUUAGGUUGACUUUUCUUUAGCUAGUUUGUCUGUGUUUUGCAUUGAAUAGAACGCUUUUCCUUUAAAUACAUAGGCAUUUCGUGUAGUGAAUGUUCAACAUGAGACCGUCUACUAGAGAUUAUCUCAGUAUUCUAACUAGUCAAAUAAUAUACACUCUUAUAUUACAUUAGUAAUAUAGGCUAUAUACAACACACGAUGUCGCAAUAGACCACAGAAAUUGAUAUUCCAUGACUCCUCCUCUCUGAAUGGAAAAGAGAAUAGCGUCACUAUUCCCGAGCGCUUUGUGACGAGAAACACUUAAAUGGUGGUGGAACGGAGAGGGCUAGGUUGUGUACAGGAUCUCUCUAACGGAUAAUUUUUUUAGGUUUCAUGGAUAUGUGACUAUAUUCUAUUGGAUUCAUUUAUUUUGUACAUGCAACAAUGGAUCAUCGAAGACAAAGAGAAAGCGUUUGGAUUCAGUGCUUCGCGUUGCUUUGUUUAUUUGACUGGUCUGCAGCGCAGAUCUCUUACUCCGUUUCAGAGGAGGUGGACAAAGGCACGUUUGUUGGGAAUCUAGCUAAGGAUUUAAACCUGAAUGUACACGAACUGGAGUCGAGGGGUCUAAGGAUUGUAUCGGGACAUAGUAAGAGGUAUUUUGAUGCGAAUUUGAAAACAGGGGUACUGUUCGUUAACGAGAGAAUAGACAGAGAGGAGCUUUGUCCGAAUACGGUAAAGUGCUCUCUAAAUAUAGAGGCCAUACUGAGCCAUCCUAUACUUCUCCACCGCAUUGAGGUGAAUAUUUUAGACAUCAAUGACAAUUCUCCGUCAUUCAUUAAAAAGGUUGCUACUUUUAACAUAUCUGAAAUUUCAUACCCCGGCGAGCGAUACCCACUACCAAUAGCGAAUGACGCAGAUACGGGCAGUAACUCGGUAAAGAGCUACAAGCUGAGCCCAAAUGAACACUUCUCCCUGGAUGUACAGAACGGUGGAGAGCAGAGUGUGUCUGCUGAGUUAGUGCUGCAGAAAGCUUUAGACAGAGAGAAACAGCCUGUGAUCCAGCUCACACUGACCGCUGUAGAUGGAGGAAAACCUCCAAGAUCUGGAACGCUGCCUAUAGUUGUAAAUGUCAUAGAUGCUAAUGAUAAUUCACCCACAUUUAGCAAGCCGCUGUACAAGGUCAGUGUGCCUGAGAAUGUACCUUUAGGUUAUACAGUCUUAACACUCAGUGCUACUGAUUUAGACGAAGGAAUACACAGUAAACUUGUGUAUUCAUUUAUUGAGCGUGGGAAUCUGAAUCCUGCUGAUAUGUUUGCCCUAAAUGUAGACACUGGUGAAAUGACUGUAAAGGCCAAUUUGGAUCAUGAGGCAAAUGCUGCGUAUGAAAUCCGGGUGCAAGCAACGGACCAAGGUCCCUCACCCCGCAGUGGUUAUUCUAAAGUGUUGGUAGAAGUCAUUGAUAUCAAUGACAAUGCUCCUGAAGUCUCGGUGACGUCACUUAUGAGCCCAGUGAAAGAGGAUAGUGAAAUGGGGACAGUGGUCGCCUUGGUAACUGUGAUAGAUAAAGAUGGAGGGAAAAACGGCCUCACCAAAUGUAAACUUGUUGGCUCUGUUCCUUUUAAACUAAAGUCGAACUAUAAAAACUAUUAUUCGUUAGUGGUCGAUGGGCCUCUUGACAGAGAGAGCGCUUCUCAUUACAAUGUCACCAUCACAGCUACGGAUGAAGGGACCCCGCCUCUCUCCAGCACCAGCGUUAUUACUGUUCACGUUUCUGAUGUGAAUGACAACGCUCCUCGCUUCUCAGAACCCGUGAUUAAUGUUUAUGUCAAAGAGAACAGUCCGGUAGGUGAGGUCAUUUAUAAGAUGUUUGCUUUUGAUCCUGAUUCAGAUGACAAUGCAAAGAUGA